UGUGUGUAGCCAUUGUAUUGUUUUAGAUCGUAUCGUCUAGUUUUUGUGAUUCACGUGCAAUAAAAGUGCAUAGGAGAAAUGUGAAUUAUUAAAAAAUAAAAGGGGUCACAGGAUAGAUAAACAGGACAAAAAUAAUCUCAUCGUGAGCCACACCCUGGCUUUGUCGAUGCCAAACAUUGAAUUCUUGUCAUUUUAAUCACAUCAGGCUAUAAAAUGAAAAUGCAUAAUAAUUGGUUAUUCCUUAUUUUCUGCAUCCUUGGAACUACGAAUGUUGUAUUAACACAAAAUGGAUUUUAUAAUGAAGAAAAUCAUAAGUGUCCUCAGAAUUGGGUUAGGUUUCAAGAAUCUUGUUAUCGCUUCAUUAAAAGUCCGAUAAAGGCACGAGAAGAUGCAAGAAGAAAUUGUCAAGCUUAUCAAAGUGAUUUAGUAACGAUUAAUUCGUUGGAAGAGCAUGGAUUUAUACUACAUCAAUUAUUAUGGCAAGAUCCGCAGCAUCGUCAAUGGUAUACAGGUAUUAAAUAUCAAGGUGGUGCUUGGAUAAACGAAGCAGACAAUACGCAGUUAACUAACAUGGAUAAUGCAUUCUUACCUGAACCGGCUGAUAAUAUUUUUGGAAAAGAUUACUUGACAUAUUCUUAUCACAAUAAUUUGCAACGUUGGGGAUUCGAAAAAGUUACAGGGAUAGACAAAUUAUUAUAUAUUUGCGAAGCACCUAUUUCUAAUUUAUAUAAUUUAGUCGAAGAUGAUCGUACUUAUGAAUACGGUGUUCAUAUUAUUGAUCCUUUAAAAGUUCCCAGAGGACCAUAUUUUAUCAAGCAACCCGUCAGUACAGUAUUCGACUUGUCGAAUAGAAAAACGACCAAUGAAGUUUCUUUGAGUUGUUUCGCUGGUGGUUACCCAACACCAACUUAUGAGUGGUUCAAAGAGGAAUAUGAAAAUGAUAGAUUAAUAGCAUCGAGGAUUGAUCCUUUAUUAAACACUAGAUAUACCAUAAGCGGUGGUACACUUAUUAUUUUUGACCCAGAACAAACAGAAGACCGAGGUACUUACCAUUGCAAAGCAACCAAUACGUUUGGCACUAUUAUAUCAGAAAGCGUAGAACUUUCUUUCGGAUAUAUCAUGGAAUUUAAUUUGAAACGUUCGGAAGAACGAGGCGACCAAAAUUGGGGCAAAGCAAUUUAUUGUGAUCCGCCACAACAUUUUCCGGGUGUUAAAUAUAAUUGGGCACGUGAAUAUUUUCCAAAUUUCGUGGAAGAAGAUAAACGUGUAUUUGUAUCAUACGACGGCGCUCUUUACUUUUCUGCGUUGGAAACAAUCGAUAGAGGCAAUUAUUCGUGUAACGUUCAAAGUGAAGCAUCCAAUACAGGACGCAAUGGACCGUUCUUCCCGUUAAGAGUUGAUCCACAUUCAUCAUUUCAACAAUUAAAAUUUCCUAAUAACUUUCCAAAGGCGUUCCCAGAAGCACCUGUAGCUGGUGAAGAAGUCAGAUUAGAGUGUAUAGCGUUUGGAUACCCAAUUCCUUCAUAUAAUUGGACAAGAAGAGGUGGUUCCUUGCCAAGAGGCGUAUACACAAUGAGUUACAAUCGUGUUUUGAUAAUACCAUACGUACGUGUAGAGGAUCAAGGAGAAUAUGUUUGUAGGGCACAUAACGAUAGGCACUCGAUUGAAAAUUCUGUAAGAUUGUCUAUCCAAGCUGCUCCCAAUUUUACCAUACCAUUAAUGGACAAACAUAUGGAUAAUAGAGGAGAGUUAACAUGGACUUGCGAAGCUUUUGGUAUUCCAGACGUAACAUACAAUUGGUUUAGAAAUGGAGAAUUAUUAGAUACGGAUACUAUUCCACCAGAAGAUAGAGAUCGUUAUCUUAUUCAAGACAAUGUUUUAAAAAUAACGCGACUAGAUCCGGAAACAGAUCAGGCUAUGUAUCAAUGUCGUGCUAAAAAUCAAUUGAAAACUAAAUAUUCAUCUGCUCAAUUAAGAGUAUUAUCAUUAAAACCAUCUUUCAAAAAAAGACCCAUGGAACCAGAAACAUAUGCAGCAGAAGGAGGUAACGUUACCAUAAUUUGUGAUCCCGAAGCUGCGCCAAGACCAAAAUUUGUAUGGAAAAAAGAUGGUAAUGUGAUCGGUGCAGGUGGUAGGCGUAAAAUUCUUAAUAAAGGAAGUCUAGUGAUCAAACCAGUGUCACGAGACGACGAAGGAACUUACGUUUGUACUGCUACGAAUGAAUAUGGAAGUGAUGAAACUCGAGGACGACUUAUUGUAUUACGUAGUCCACGAUUGGUAGAAUCAUUACCGCAGCGUAUUAUUAUUGCUGUAAAUCAAAAUCAAACGUUGUACUGUUUAGCAGAUAACGAUGAAAUGUUAGACGUUGCAUAUUUAUGGACACACAACGGUAUACGUAUCAGGGAAAAAGAUGUCCGUAACAAUCCAAGGCUAAAUAUUAAUGGUGGAACAUUAAAUAUCAUUAAUGCGACUCUUGGCGAAGCUGGAGAAUAUGAAUGCAUAGUUAAAAGUACAGUGAGUAAAAUUUCAAGUAAAACAAUUGUAAUUGUGGAAGGACCACCCGGUCCACCAGGAGGUGUACAAGUUGUCAAUAUAGUUAAAACAUCAGCAACGUUGCGUUGGACCGAUGGUGCACUAAACGGUAGACCAAUAUUGAUGUAUACCGUUAGUGCAAGAACAAAUUGGAACCAUACAUGGUUUAAUCUGAUAGAAAAUAUCACAGCUGUAGACGUUGAUAGAUACAACGGUCGUAAAGAAGCAUUCAUUAGAAACAUAUUAAAUCCUUACACAACUUACGAAUUUCGUAUAUCAGCUUUUAACGAACUAGGCUAUGGAUUACCAUCAAUGCCAUCACCUCAAUACAGCGCACCAUCAGAUAAACCUAGUAAACCACCAAGUAACAUUGGUGGAGGAGGUGGAAAAAUAGGAGAUCUUACGAUGACAUGGACACCGUUACCCCCAGCUGAUCAAAACGGUCCUGGAGUUCAUUACCAAGUUUUCUGGCGUCGUAAGGGUCACGAAACCGAAUUUCAAUCUUUAUUAUUACGAGAACUUGGUAACAUUGGUAUAUGUGUGGUACAAAUUCAACAUGAAUAUUAUUAUACCGAAUACGAAAUUAAAGUUCAAUCAUUAAAUGCUAUUGGUUCGGGACCAGUUUCUGAAAUAUAUACGAUCUAUAGUGCUGAAGAUAUGCCGCAAGUAGCACCACAACAAGUAGUUGCUCAUGGUUUCAACAGUACAAGUUUGAACGUUAGUUGGGCACCCAUUGAACAAACUCGUUUAAAAGUUCGAGGUAAAUUAAUCGGUCAUAGGAUAAAGUAUUGGAAGGAAAGUAAUAAAGAAGAGGAUGCCGUAUAUUACCUGUCUCGUACCACAAGACCAUGGUCACUUGUCGUGGGAUUACAACCUGAUACUUACUAUUACGUUAAAGUAAUGGCCUAUAAUUCAGCCGGGGAAGGGCCCGAGAGUGAACGCUAUUUAGAAAGAACUUAUCGUAAAGCACCGCAGAAACCUCCCUCUUCUGUCCAUGUUUAUGGCGUUAAUCCAUCAACGGUUAGGGUUGUAUGGCGUUACGUACAACCAAGCUUGGAAGAGGAACCAUUAAUAGGAUACAAAAUACGUGUAUGGGAGGUCGAUCAAGACAUGAGUACUGCCAAUGAUACCAUUAUCCCUGGUGGUUCCAAACUCGAAGCUGAUAUCAAUAAUCUGAGCCCUGGCAAAGCUUACCAUUUGAGAGUACUCGCAUUUAGUAAUGGUGGUGACGGACAUAUGUCCAGUCCUGCGCAUACAUUUCAAAUGGGUGAUGCCGCUGCUUUUCGAAGUAGUGCAGGAAAUAAAAUCCCAAAUGCUAGUUUAGGCAUAUGCUUAAUAAUACUACUAAGAGCUUUCAAUUACGUUUAAAUCGUAAUUGAAUUUUUCUAAGACUAUUAUUCGCUUCAUUCGAACGCAAAUUAUUACAAUUUUAGAUUCAUCUAAAGUCAUUCCUUAAAAUAUAUGACUAUAAAGUUUGUUAGAAAGAUCUGAAAGAUUAUUUAUACAUUUAUAAAUUUAUAUAUAGAUAUAAUAUACGAAUUUUUUAAAUUUAUACUAUAAAAAAGAUCUGAAGAAAAACAAGAAAAUACAGUAUUAUCAAGAUGCAAUUUUUAAACUUAAAACAUGUUAACUAUCAUGUUAUUCAUCCGUGACCGCCGCUAAAACAUGUAAAACUUGCUGCAUGACAGUCAAUGUGUUGAUUUAGAAAAAAUGAAAACAA